AUGGAUAAAGGGAAGAAAAGACAGCUCCGGGAGGUAUUUGGAUAUUAUCGGGGCAUAAGUUUUACAAUCAUUAAUAUGAUUGGUGCAGGAAUUUUUGUGGCUCCCAAAGGAGUGUUGAAGUACUCUUGCAUGAAUGUAGGGCUGUCCCUGUGUAUUUGGGCUACCUGUGCCUUAUGGUCCAUGAUGAGCACUCUCUGCUCUGUAGAGAUAGGUAUAACCUUCCCAUGCAGUGGAGUUCAGUACUAUUUUCUCAAGAAAUGCUUCAGCUCCUUGAUUGCUUUCCUGAAACUUUGGACCGCCUUGUUUCUGGGAUCAGGGAUAGUCGCUAGCUAAACCCUGCUCCUGCCUUUCUAUGCCACCUGCUCUGCUCCAGAGCUACCAAAGAAAUGUUUGGCACUGGCCAUUUUAUGGAUAGUGGCAAUCCUGAAUACUCGUGGUGUAUAAGAGAUGACUUGGCUUCAGACAGCCAGCACAAUGCUGAAAAUGGCCAUACUUGGCCUCAUUUCCCUGAGUGGAGUGAUGAUACUAGUGAGAGGGAAGAAGGAGGAUAUAGAGAGGUUUCAGAAUGCUUUCGAUGCUGAGUUUCCAGAUGUCUCCCAGAUGACAGAAGCCUUCUUCCAAGCAUUUUUCGCAUAUUCUGGAGAGCUGAAGAAACUCCACAAGACAAUUCCAAAAUGCAUAUUUACUACAGUAUUUCUGGUGACUGUGGUUUAUUUACUGGUUAACAUUUCCUACCUGACUAUUCCGACACCCAGAGAAAUUCUCUCUUCAGAUACUGUGAUUAUCACAUGGACUGACAGAGUUAUCCCCUCAGUGACAUGGGUUAUUUCUCUUGGUAUUUCUGCCUCAUUAUUUAGCAACAUUUGGUAUUCUGUAUUAAUGUCAUCAAGAAUGAAGUAUAUUGCAAUCCAAGAGGGCCAGCUGUCUUUGUUAUUUAAUAUGCUUAAUAUAUACUCCUCUCCAUUAAUAGCUGUGCUAGUAAUUGUCAUUAUGGCAUCCUUAAUGAUUGCUUCAACAAGCUUAAUUGAAUUGAUAAACUAUCUUUUUUUUUCUUGUAUUUUCUUUUUGGAGUCUUUACUAAUAGCAGGACUAAUAAAACUGAGAUACCAGGAACCUUAUCUACCAAGACCUUAUAAGGUAAAAAUGGAUUUUCUAAUUUUUUCUGUGUAG